AUUUUUCUCAAUCCCGUUGGGGUCAGUGUAACUCCCGCUCCCGCCGCCACCGCCACGGAGCGUCUUGCCUCGAUCGAGCACGCGCUUGUGUGGGCUGCGGGAGCGCGCAGCCAGCCAGCCAGCAGCAACCGAAGCGCCGCCGAGCGACUGAGGUGAGGUGCGAGCGAACAGGCGAGGAUGAUGCAUCUUUUACUUGCCUUUCGCACCACACGGGCACCCUCGGUGCCUCGCUAUCGGCCUUGCCGGGAGGGCGACUCUGGUCGUUUGAUCGAUACUCGUCGAUAAUCUUUCAACCAGGCGGUCUUCUCCGUCGCUUAGGAAGACAAAGAGGAGUCCGGCGGAGGUGAAGUGUGUUGUGUCCCCCCCCCCCCCCGUUCACCCCUCCCCCGGGGAGCUCCUCCGUCAUCUUUAGAGCUGCCGACCCCCUUUUGCUUACUUUGGGCUGUUGGACAGACACCGGGAAGCCACUUCCUGUGAGAAUAUGAACCACGUCGUGUGGAGGGUGAGCAGCUGAAAGGACGCUCUCAUAGUGUCGUCAAAAGGCAACCAGCAACCGGAUCCUCCGCCCUCUCCCGCGUCGCCCCCCCCCCGCUACCGUGCCGUCGCCCUGCUGUGGCACUUCCCAUGGAGAGUGCACGCCCGCCCAUGUAGGAUGCCUGCCUCGGCCGACGCCCUGCAUCCCCUCCUGCCCGCCACCGCCACCGCCGCCGCCUCCUCCUCGCGCGUCUCCGCUCUCGCCGACAGUUCAUUGCGGCCCCCGAGGCUGUGCCCCGCCCGUCUCCAACAUGGCGGAUGACAUCAUCGACGCCAACACGUUGGCUUGGCUGAUCUGCUCGGGAGUGUCCAUCCUGGCCAACGCGUGGAGCAUCCUCAGCGUCAGCGCCAAGCAGAAGAAGUGGAAGCCGCUGGAGUUCCUCAUCUGCACGCUGGCUGGAACGCACAUCCUCAACAUGGCCAUCCCCAUCACGAUGUACUGCGUCAUCACGCUGCGCCGCCGGCACUCCGACUAUGAGUGGAACGAGGGAUUGUGUAAGGUGUUUGUGUCCACCUUCUACACCCUCACGCUGGUCACCUGCUUCUCCGUCACCUCGCUUUCUUACCACAGAAUGUGGAUGGUACGCUGGCCUGUCAACUACAGGCUGAGCAACACCAAGAAGCAGGCGGUGCACACGGUGAUGGGGAUCUGGAUGGUCUCCUUCAUCCUGUCCACACUUCCAGCAGUGGGCUGGCACGACACAAGCGACCGCUUCUACACCUCCGACUGCCGAUUCAUUGUGACAGAGAUCGGCCUGGGGUUUGGGGUUUGCUUCCUGCUCUUGAUUGGCGGUAGCGUGACCAUGGGUGUGAUCUGCAUCGGCAUUGCUCUCUUCCAGACCUUCUCCAUUCAGGCAGGCCACAAAGCGGACAAGAACAAAUUCAACGUCCCCACCAUUGUGGUGGAGGACGCUCAGGGCAAGCGCAGGUCCUCCAUCGAUGGCUCGGAACCUCUCAAGACUUCACUGCAGAUCACUUACCUGAUCAGCGGUAUUGUCUUCAUCUAUGACUUUCUCACCGGCUUCCCCAUACUGGUGGUGAGCUUUGCCAGUCUCAAGUUCGACCGCUCAUACAACUGGAUGGUUGUGUGUGUGCUCUGGUGCUCCAUUGUGCAGUCCAUCUUGUUGCCCAUGUUCCUGUGGGCCUGUGACCGCUAUCGGGCUGACAUCCGCUUGGUGUGGGACAAGUGCGUGGCCAUCAUGUCCAAUGACGAGGUGGACGAGGAAAACAGCCAAGAUGGAGGAAUUCAUGUCGACUUAAUAUUUGACAGACCAUAUGACUAUAGCUCAGCGCCUGAAAUCGUGACCGUAGACCGUAAUGCCAAGUAUGAGUUCUCAACCUUAGAAAGGGGGGUCCCGCAAGGGUAUCCAGUGAGGGAACAGCAGGAAGAUAAAAUGCAGUAUUUGCAGGUGCCCCCUACAAGAAGAUACUCCCACGACGAAACCGACAUGUGGACCAUCGACCGGAUCCCCCCCUCCUACCUUCACCGGUGGGGCUCCAGCGAGGACAUGAUAGCGAGUGGCCGCUACAGCUCCACCUUGCCGCGCCGCGAGAGGCGCAGGAACAGCCUGGUCUCCUACCACGAGGAGAGCCACCAUCAUCACCACCGGCACCUCCAUCGCAAGCGGCGGCGCUCUGAGGACACGCACUCCCUCAAGCACCUGCCGCGCGCGGCGUGCGGCGCCUACGACUACCGCGACGACGACCCGCGCUGCUUCAGCCGCGACGAGGUCAUCAACUUUAUCGACGAGACGCCGCUGCCGAGCCCCAGGAAGAGCCCGCGGCGCGCCUCCUGCACCGUCGCCCUCACCCCCAGCGCGUACGAGCGCCACGCCGUCCUCCUGCCUCACUUUGCGCUCACCGACUUUGAACGCGAGCCUCAAGCGCUCCGGCGCUUCUCGGAACACAAAAGCGCCGCCGGGAGCUCACCCGACGGGACCGGCGGUCACGGGAGCUGCGGCAAAGGUGGUCGGGGGGUGGUGGGCUCGCCUGCGGGGGGCACCCGACAGACUCCGCCACCUUCUUGUUGGUCCUCCAUGGCGGGGGUUUCGGCAGCCGACUGGGCCCAGCACAAGCAGGCGAGCUUGGGGGAGAGUAAAGGAGGCACAAACAGUUUUGUAAGCUCACCCUCGGCAUCCUCAUCGGGAUAUAUCGCAUUUCGCUCGGAUUCUGUUGGCUCCGCUUCCUAAAACAACAACAACAUUCAUUCAUUCAUUCAUCUUCCGAACCGCUUCAUCCUGGAGCCUAUCCCAGCUGUCUUCGGGCAGUAGGCGGGGGGGGACACCCUGAAUCAGUCGCCAGCCAAUCGCAGGGCACACAGAGACGAUCGACCAUCAACGCCCACACUCACACCUCGGGACAAUUCAGAGUGUUCAAUCGGCCUGCCAAGCAUGUCUUUGGAAUGUGGGAGGAAAACGGAGCACCCGGAGAAAACCCACGCAAGCCCCUGGGAGAACAUGCAAACUCCACACAGGGAGUUCCAGAGCUGGAAUCGAACCCGGGUACCUCUGCACCGCGAAGUCUACGUGCUAACCACUGGACGAUCGGUCCGCCCUCAACAUUAACAUUUCCCCUCUCAAUUCUGAUCCUUUUUUUUUUCUUCAUCACGUACUCAAGCCUUUGCUGCUUUUUAAAAAAUGUGUGCAUCCACUGCUUAACCCUCCUGUUAGGUCCGUUUCUACGAUCCACCAAAAAUGUUCAUUCGUCAAGGUGACCGGCUGCAUGCUUAAACCUCAACAAAA